AUGUCGCAUACAGCCGCAGCAUCGAAGGCGCUGCAAAGUGUCCUGGGCAGGGCGGCCUCUCGACAAUGCCAGCGGUGCUUCUCUAGCAGCGCCCUGCAGCCUAAGCAGCUCCGGCCGACGCUUCCUCGAGCUUCCAUCCAGACGAGACAGCCGAUUACGCAGCGACGGACAAAGUACAAGACGGUGGAGCAGGCCAAGAGCCGGCAUAGUACUGGGCCCUUCUCGUGGAAGGCCGGCAUCCUCUUCGUCGCGACCUGCGGACUGCUGGUGUGGUAUUUCGAGCAUGAAAAGGAGCGCAUGCAGAGGAAGCGGAUAGCCGAUGCUGCCAAGGGUGUCGGACGGCCCAAGGUCGGCGGCGAGUUUGCGCUGGUCGACCAGAACGGCAAGCCGUUUACGAGCGACAUGAUGAAGGGCAAAUACUCCUUGGUCUACUUUGGCUUCACGCGCUGUCCCGACAUCUGCCCCGAAGAGCUCGACAAGAUGGCCCGGAUGCUCGACGUGGUCGAGGCCAAGGCCCCCGGGUCCCUGCUGCCCAUCUUCGUUACGUGCGACCCGGCGCGCGACGACCCCAAGGCGCUCAAGGAAUACCUUGCCGAGUUCCACCCGGCGUUCAUCGGCCUGACGGGCACGUACGACCAGAUCAAGGACCUCUGCAAGAAGUACCGUGUCUACUUUAGCACGCCGCAGAACGUCAAGCCCGGGCAGGACUACCUGGUGGACCACAGCAUCUACUUUUACCUCAUGGACCCGGAUGGCGACUUUGUGGAGGCCCUGGGACGGCAGCACUCGCCUGACCAGGCGGCGCAGUUGAUACUCGACCACAUGAAGGACUGGAAAGGCCCAAAGAACUGA